AUGUUUGGAUGCUUCGAAAUCAAUGACGAAGAAAAUCCCCUGCCUCCAAGAAACACUGGCAACGACCAAUGCAUUUUAUGUAGACUCCAAUUUAGAUGUAAUGUUUUGAAAAAGAAAAAGGUUAAAGACGUUAAAACAGUUUUCCUCUUUAUUUUUCCCAAGAAAACAAGUGAUAUUUUGGAAACAGAUAUUGAUAGUGAGGACAAUUUAAAUCAUCCUAUUGACAAUAUGGAUGUAGAUUCAUCCACAAAUGCACUCCACAUAAAUCCAAUUAGGUUGCAAUUCGAAAAGCGAUUACGAUCUCAAGAAAAAGGGGAGAGGAUGAUGAAAUACGAUGAGCACGAUAAAGGGGUGAAGUCGCACGUACACAGAUAUCAGUGGAAACCGAGAUAUGAUAAUUAUGGGAAUAUUUUGAUUCGAGACAUACAAAUAAUUAUGAACCAAAAUAUCGAAACAAUUAUAAUCCUAGAGUUUAUGAUAAUGAUAGAGGGUAUAAUGGCCCAGGACCGUAAUAAUUUUACAAGAUUUAACAAUAUAAAUAAUUAUAACUACAAUAACUAUAGAUAUAAUAAUAAUGAUAAUUACAAAUAUAAUGAAAAUAAUUAUAGUUAUUAUAGACAUCAGAACGAAUCGAGAUACAUACCUAGAUACAAUAAUAAUCAGAACGAAUCGAGAUACAUACCUAGAUACAAUAAUAAUCAGAACAAUAAUCAGUCAUACAACAACAGAUUUGUCGUAAAUAGAAUGGAUGAUGAUGACAAGGCAAAUGAUGAUUACAAAGUUACGAUAUACCUUAAUGAUUUACCAAUAGUCAUGCAGAUCAACACCGGGUCACGAUUUUCGAUAUUGCCGAUUAAUAUUGCUAAAAAGAUAGGAAUUAAAGUCUUAAAUAAAUCGGGUACGAAACUGACUGGCUAUGAUGGGAGAAGAAUAGGAGCUAGGAAUCAGAAAUGGGAUGAUCAAUACAAACAGCAAAUCAACAAGCAAUGUUCAACCAACGACGUUUCAACAAUGAGGUUCAACCAAGGAUAUGGUCAAACAAACAAUCUAAAGAUAUACGAACAAAUGACUUAUGGAGCAAUUGAGAAACAAAUAUCUGGAAAUGAAAUAUGGGAAAUAUGGAAAGGAAAUAUCAUUAGCGAUAUUAAAAAAGAAAUUAAUAUCGUUAGAGAUACUGUAGAAGAAAAUAAAUUUGAAAAAUUAAUGUUGGAAAUAGAAAUAGUAAGAAAUGAAAAAGAAAAGGAAGAAAUAAAAAAAAGGAAAAUUGAGGGAAUAAGGAAGAUAUUAAGAGAAGAUAUUGAACGUGAAAAAAGGGAAGAAGAAGAAAUAGAAAAUAAAAAGAAAGAAGAAAUGGAAAAAGUUGAGGAAAUUAAAGAAAUUCAUAAUUUGGAACUAGAUGUUGUUUCAAAAACUGAUGAUGAUUUUAAAAAUUUGGAGAUUAAAAAUGAAAUAAUGAACGAAGAAAUCAAAUUAGAAUGUAAUGAGAGAAGUAUAAAGAAUGGAGAAAUUGUUUGUGUGGAAAAUAAAGUUAAGGGUAUUGAUAAAAUUGAAAAUUUAGUAGAUAAUAUUUUGGAAAUUACGGAAAAUGAAAAAUUGCCUGUAUCACUAAAAUUCCCAGCGAAAUUUGUAAGAAAAAAAAUGAUAAACGAAGAUUUGUUAAAAGAAAAAGAGUCACAUGAAAAUUUGGAAAAGUUACGGAUAAAUUUAGGGGUUAAAUAUGAAGAAAUUUUUGAGGAAAAAUUGGGAUGUUUGGUGGAUUAUGAAGUAGAUAUACGUUUAAAAGAGGGAUAUAUACAACAGUAUUGUGCAGUUCGCGGGGUACCUUUCGAAUGGAGGGCUGAAAUGGAAAAUGAAAUGUGUUACGUGAUAAAAUUAUUGUCCUAUUGGAUAUAG